CAAGUACAACACAUAUAACUGAGCCAACAUCUACAACUGGAAGAACUAGCAUAGCAACAACUACUCCAGUAUCAACUACCACAGGUACUACAGUCAUGGAAUCUACUUCAACUCCAUGUGUUAUAUGUGAAUGGACUGACUGGAUCAAUGUGUAUGACCCAGUAAAAGGAGGUGGAGAUGAUUUUGAAACAUAUGAAAAUAUCAAGAAUGGUGGAAUCAACAUAUGCAAACAUCCAAUAGAUAUCGAGUGCAGAAGUGUACAGAAUCCUCAUCUGUCAUUGGAGGAAUUUGUACAAAGUACAGGCCAAGUUGUGCAGUGCAAUGUUUCACUAGGUUUAGAGUGUGACAAGAGGGAACAGACAUUUCGCCCCUACAAAUGUUUUGAUUAUGAAAUUAGAGUACUCUGUUGUAGAGAAUGUGGUUCAACUCCACCUCCAAUUCCAAGUACAACAGUUGAAACUGAGCCGACAACUACAACUGGUACAACUACCGAAGCAACAACUACUACAAUAGUGCCAACAACUACACCUCCAAUUCCAAGUACAACAGGUAAAACUGAGCCAACCACAACUCCAAUUGAAAGUAGUACAACAACUGAAACUAAGCCAACAUCUACCACUGAAACAACAAAAGCAACAAGUUCUCCAUUGGAAAGUACAACAAAUACUACAGUAGUGCCAACAACUACAACUCCUAUACCAAGUACAACAGUUGAAAGUAGCACAACACCCAAAACUGGACCAACAUCUACCACUGAAACAACCACCAAAUCAACAACUACUACAGUAGUGCCAACAACUACAACUCCGAUACCAAGUACAUUUACCAAAGUAACAACUACUCCAGUGGUGACAACAGAAACAAAUGUACCAAUUAUUACAGGGACAACAGCUAAAAUAACAGGUGUCCCUCAAGUAAGUGAAACAAACACUUCUCCAGUAGUUCCAACAUCUACAACUGGACAAACUACUAUAAUUGAAAUUGAUACGGUAUCAACAACGCAACAAACACUGACUCCACCUCCAUCAAAAACAACAACUGAAACUGAGUCAACAACUACCACUGGAACAACCACUAAAGCAACAACUACUAAAGAAGUACCAACAACUACAUCUCCUAUACCAAGUACAACAAUUGAAAGUAGCACAACACCUGAAACUAGGCCAACAUCUACCACUGGAACAACUACCAAAUCAACAACUACUACAGUAGUGCCAACAACUACAACUCCUAUACCAAGUACAACAGUUGAAAGUAGCACAACACCUGAAACUGGGCCAACAUCAACCACUGGAACAACCACCAAAUCAACAACUACUACAGUAGUACCAACAACUACAACUCCAUACCAAGUACAACAGUUGAAAGUAGCACAACAAAUGAAACUGGGCCAACAUCUACCACUGGAACAACCACCAAAUCAACAACUACUACAGUAUCACCAACAACUACAACUCCUAUACCAAGUACAACAGUUGAAAGUAGCACAACACCUGAAACUGGGCCAACAUCUACCACUGGAACAACCACCAAAUUAACAACUACUACAGUAGUGCCAACAACUACAACUCUAUACCAAGUACAACACUUGAAAGUAGCACAACACCUCAAACUGGGUCAACAUCUACCACUGAACAACCACCAAAUCAACAACUACUACAGUAGUACCAACAACUACAACUCCUAUACCAAGUACAACACUUGAAAGUAGCACAACACCUGAAACUGGGCCAACAUCUACCACUGGAACAACCACCAAAUCAACAACUACUACAGUAGUACCAACAACUACAACUCCAUACCAAGUACAACAGUUGAAAGUAGCACAACAAAUGAAACUGGGCCAACAUCUACCACUGGAACAACCACCAAAUCAACAACUACUACAGUAUCACCAACAACUACAACUCCUAUACCAAGUACAACAGUUGAAAGUAGCACAACACCUGAAACUGGGCCAACAUCUACCACUGGAACAACCACCAAAUUAACAACUACUACAGUAGUGCCAACAACUACAACUUCUAUACCAAGUACAACACUUGAAAGUAGCACAACACCUCAAACUGGGUCAACAUCUACCACUGAACAACCACCAAAUCAACAACUACUACAGUAGUACCAACAACUACAACUCCUAUACCAAGUACAACACUUGAAAGUAGCACAACACCUGAAACUGGGCCAACAUCUACCACUGGAACAACCACCAAGUCAACAUCUACAACUCCUAUACCAAGUACAACAGUUGAAAGUAGCAAAACACCUGAAACUGGGCCAACAUCUACCACUGGAACAACCACCAAAUCAACAACUACUACAGUAGCCAACAACUACAA